AUGGACAUGAACAUACACAAGCUCGACGAAGGCAUGCCCAUCUACCAGGACAUGGAAAAGUAUCUCCAAAUCAAGCUUUCUUGUCUCUUCAGCUAUCGUAUCAUCCCUGAUCACACGAAGGAGCUCAAUGAGGUGUCAGCGCAUCUCACUAGAUGGCAAGCUCCCGCCUUGCUCGAGCGCGCCAACAACCGCGACCCCGAGGCGAUCCUCGAGCUUGCACUCAGAUAUCUUAGUGGAUGCGGGGUGCAUAAGCAGAGCUCUGAAGGCGCCCUUCAUGUACUCGACUCCCUCCUCGACCCCUCCUGCGAGCCCGCGCGCUACAUUGGCGACGUCGCGCCUCCCGCCCUACGUGCACAGGCUCACUCCUGCGCUGCCAGCGCUAAUUUGGACAAAUACCUCGCGUCUCCCUCCCAGCGGAUGGUCAUCGAAGCUGACGAGCGACGAUUCGCGCGCCCGGAGACCGGGCGGCUGGGCGUCGGCCAGUCGCCCCUCGCGUACUUCGUGCUCGCAGCGCAUCACGCCAACGAGAGCGCCAAGCGCGGACUCAUCUCCCCCGCUGUCCUCCUUGUCGGCUUCAGGGUUCGCAACAUCGGCGACGCGUUGGGGGCGGACGUCGAGCAGACCGUCAAGCGGGGAAAGCGGUUCCGCCCGCUGUGGCGUGCGACCGCGCGGCGGCUCGAGGAGGUCUACGCGGAGGAACGGAAGCGGCAGCGUAAGGCGGACAAGAACCCGAACGAGUAUGUUUGCGCCGCGGAGGGGUGUGGUAUCCGGGGGGUUAAGAAGGCUGUUCUGCGGGCUUGCAAGGGACGGUGCCCGCCGGAUAUCAAGCCACACUACUGUAGCCCUGAGUGUCAGAGGAAGGACUGGCCGAUACACAAGGCCAUCUGCAAGCCCGGCUCAGAUGGCAAGGUUACCAAGAUCUCGGAUGACGAUAAGGGAACGGCACUCACACUCUUCGAGCUCGGCGAUCCGGAGGACGGCGAUGCGCAGAAGGAGGAAGAGGAAGAUUUGAUCGAGGAGAUUAGCACGCACGCGAGUGGGGUUACGCCCAGCGGCCCCGGACGCAUCAUCGACAUCCCCGCGCCCGGCGCUCCUGGUGGCUCCAUUAAGAUCACGUCGAACACGAUGGAUCCUCAAUUCAUGAGGUCGUUUAGAGAUGAGCUGUCGAAGAUGGUCCGCUGA